AUGGGAGAGUAUGACGCAGAUGGGAUAUACUAUCAAGAAGCUGUUCAGCAAAUCCAGAGAUUUCAUGUUGAUAUCUCAGAUCCUGCAAGGAAAUUAAAAUGGCAAAAAUUUCAGCAACAGAUAGCUGAGGAGUAUGAACAAAUGAAGACCAUAGUCAGUACACUUCUAUUGUUGAAGUUUGAGAUUCAAAAUGACAGGCCACUAGGUCCAGAAAUUUACAAACUCUCAUUUGAGAAGCCUACAAAGGAUCCUGAUAAUGGCCCUUCUGGGGACCCUGAUGUCUGGCCACCUCCAGUACCACUUAUACGCAAACCAGUACCCAAGAUCAACACUCUGCAAAGUACAGAGGCACGUAAGGAUGAUGUACCUCAGAGAAGAGCCAGCAAGAACUACGAGAAAUGCAGAUUAGUGAAGAAAGAGUACAGGAAGGGAGGAAGUGAGGAAAAAGAGGAGAAGAGGUUCGAAGUGUCAGGGCGUGACCGUGGUCUGAUAGAAAUGUUGGAGAGGGAUAUGGUCGAGAAGAAACCUAACAUCCAUUGGGAUGAUAUAGCAGACUUACAGGAUGCCAAGAAGUCACUUAUGGAGGCUGUUGUCCUUCCAGUGUGGUUGCCAGAUUACUUCAAGGGCAUUCGAUGGCCGUGGAAAGGAGUGAUGAUGGUUGGUCCGCCAGGAACAGGGAAGACCAUGUUAGCCAAGGCUGUGGCCACAGAAUGUUGCACAAGAUUUUUCAAUAUUUCUUCUUCCACGCUCACUUCCAAGUACCGGGGUGAGUCAGGGCAACUAGUCAGACUGCUUUUCGAGAUGGCCCGUUUCUAUGCCCCCAGUACGAUAUUUAUAGAUGAGAUUGACUCUCUCUGCUCCAAAAAGGGAUCAACGUUCGAACAUGAAGCAUCAAAAAGAAUGCAGUCGGAGCUUCUAACUCAGAUGGAUGGAGUUCCUUCCAACAGUGAUGAUCAUGGUAAGAUAGUCAUGGUUUUAGCAGCAACAAGUAUUCCGUGGAACAUUGAUACAGCAUUUCGGAGAAGAUUUGAGAAACGGAUAUAUAUUCCUCUUCCAAAUAUGGGCGCAAGGGAGGCGCUGUUAAGGCAUAAGAAUAAAUUGGAAAGGGCAAAAGCAUCAAGAAUACUCACACAGGUUAUAACCACAUCAGGUGCUGACAUAGAAUUGGGUCCAAGAGCACUCAAAGUAUUUAAACAUGAAGUUAUUUCAGCUGCAGCCUCUUUUCUGGAAGAUGGAAAUAUAGAUGCAAG